UUUUCAGUAUCUCCCCUUCCUGGCUUCCCAUUGGCUGCCAUUGGCUCUGCCUUGAGCAUUUUAUUGUGUGAUCCCUGGAAUGUGUCAUUAUUCCUGAGGUGGAGAGAGAUAAGCAGCACUGCUCAGCUCUCUCAUACAGGAGCCCUAGUGCUGGGGCUGCACACUUAUCCCAGGAUGGGGGCCACAUCUGGCUGGUCCUGGCUGCUACCCUGCUUCCUGGCUGUCCUGGCCCAAGCGCAGAAAGAAAAUGACCAGAAGUCGGUUGACUGCUACAGCUCUGUGGCUGGAACCAUCUAUGACUAUGGUGCCCUCACUAUAGACGAAAGCCAGUUCGUCCACUUCAAGCAAUAUCAGGGGAAGACUGUGCUGUUUGUGAAUGUGGCCACUUACUGAGGGUUAACCAUGCAGUACCUAGAACUGAAUGCACUACAAGAAGAACUGGGAAAUAAUGGGUUUGUCAUCUUGGGUUUUCCCUGCAAUCAAUUUGGUCUACAGGAACCAGGAAGCAAUGAAGAAAUCCUUAAAGGAUUAAAAUGUGUGCGUCCUGGUGGUGGCUUCACUCCAAAUUUCCAGAUAUUUGAGAAAGGAGACAUUAACGGGAAGAAAGAACAGAAAAUAUACACCUUCUUGAAGAACUCCUGUCCCCCUGUGGGUGACCUUUUUGGCAAUCCACAGAAUCGUCUUUUCUGGGAACCCCUCAAGGUCAAUGAUGUCAAGUGGAACUUUGAGAAGUUCCUAGUUGGACCCGAUGGCCGCCCAGUGAAGCGUUGGCAUCCCCGUACACCAGUCACUCAAGUAAGGAGAGAUGUGCUUGCCUACCUGAAAUCACAGUCCGGAAUUCAGAGAAUCAUGAUGCUGGGAAGGGAUCAAAACUAGAGAUUUGUCAACACCAUUGCUUAAUGUUACCCUGCUUGUUUAUAUAGAUAUAUAUAUAUAUAUUUUUGUGCUCAGUGUUUGGGUAGUUGGAAAGAGACCUAAAGUAGGCUGAGAUACCAUCUGCAUGAAAGAUAGGUCCUAAAGUACACUGGUACGGGACCCACCUGGAAACCAGGACUUUGGUAGGUUGCUGUUUAGUGCAUUCCAGUAUCUCUACCAUCCUGGGAUGGGUCUACAGCACUAUCAGGGGCUUAUUGCUUUCUGCCUGAACUCUGGGGUGAUGAUUUAACUGUGCUGGUUAUUAAAUAAACAUUGUCUGUCUAUAAAGAAA